AUGUCACCACAGAUUCAAAAUGAAAUAAUUGAAUUAAGUGGGGCAGUUAUCAGAGACUAUAUCAUCGCACAAGUGAAGAAGGCUUAUGCCUAUAGCGUAUUGGCAGAUGAAAGCAGUGAUAUUUCUGGGAAGGAACAACUAUCAAUUGGUGUCCGAUUUGUUGACGAGGAACAAAUGAUAGUCCGCGAGGAACUUUUAGGUUUUGUCGAACUAGUUGCCAUGGACGCUAAAACCAUUGCUACUGCAAUAGACAAUUUUAUAGAAAAUGCAGGUCUCGAUCCAGAAAAAUGUGUCGGACAAGGAUACGAUGGAUGUUCAACUAUGGCAGGAAAUGAUGGUGGUGUUCAGAAGAUUAUGCGUGAAAAGUAUAAAAAAGCACUAUAUUUCCAUUGUGCUAGCCACAAACUAAACUUAGUCAUGAACGAUCUAAAUCAGAUUCUAGUGAUAAGGAAUGCGAUAUCCACAGUGAAAGAAAUAAUAAAAUUCUUUCGCGAAUCUGUUUUACGUCGAAAGUAUGCACCAAAUAUACCAUUAUUUUGCGAGAUACGCUGGUCUCAAAAAUACAAGAGUAUUGCCAUAUUCAGAGAACAUUAUGUGAGUAUUGUCAAAGCCCUUGAAAUACUAUCGAGGGAUGGUAACACUGCGACUAGAAAAGUCGCUUUCCAACUACAUUGUACUGCUACAAAGUCCGAAUUUAUUGUCAGUGUCAGACUUAUAGCGAAGUAUUCUGCAAUACUACAACCUGUGGUGAAUGUGGUACAGUCGAAAAGUAUUGACAUGCUUCAAUGUGCAAAUCAUAUAAACAAAAUACUUGUUCUCGUGAAAAAUCACCGUGAAACGGCAGACAUCACAAGCGAAAGUAUAAUAGCUGAGGCUAAAAAAAUCACUGACAAUCUGGAAAUAGACUUUCAAGGGUCACGGAUCGCAGAACGACAAGUGCACCGUUCAAAUCCUCCAGCGCAAAAUCUUUGCGAAUUCUGGAAAAGAAUAAUAAAUAGUCUGGAUCCGCAACCAUAUUCUAAAUAUUUACUUGAUCAAAUUGAGAGCAUGAUAAAUAGCAAUGUUGAUUUUGAAUUCUUGACUUGCAACAAAGAGGAACAUAAGGUGACUAUCAUCAAUUAUUCGUUGGCUGCCAUGUGGAUCACCGAUCAAGAGUUACAAGAAGAAUUGAAUAAUUCUCUGGAUGAAUGGGGGGAUUUCGAAGAAUCACCAUCGGAAUAUAGUUUAUCAGAAAUGGAGGAGAGUGGGGAUGACUCAGACACCAGUCAGGGCAGUGAUGUGGAUCUUCUGAUAAAUGACGUGAACGUUGAUUCAGAUGGCAUACCUACAGGAGCAGGAGAACUGGUUCUAAAAGAAGAUUGACCUGCUCCCACAAACAACGAACCGACAACUGACGAUGAUGACAUCCUCCUAGUAUUGUUGAAAAGAACUGCUGAACAUGAAAAUAAAGGAGGAGCUACUCCUUCCUGCAGCAAAGGCGUUGAACUAUCAAAUAAAGAAGCCCCUUCCUGCUCCUACACCAAAGAUGUCGUCUUACAUGCAGUUCCAUCAUGUUCUUCGAAAGUGGUGGUGGAAGCAAUUCCUGGUUGCUCUUCGGAAUUACUUCCAGCUAUCGUUGAGGAAAUACCGUCAACUAGCAACAGAAUGUGCACUCCUAGUGACAUUAUACCUGUGCCUCAGAUAAAGACGAAUCAGGAACGCAAAAUAUCUAGGAACAGAGGCAAAACUGCAGUGCUCACCUGGAGCCCAUAUCUUAAGGAACUGAAAGAAAAAAAUGAUGUGACUCCCAAAAAGUCGAUUAAAACUAUUGAAAGGAACGUUUUCACACGCAAAAAUAAGGAUACACCAGAAAUGGGACAAAAUCAACGCAAAAAGUUGAAAAAUGAUAUGACAAGUUAA